AUGGAUUUUGAACUCUUAUAUCGGAUAGCACAAGAACUCCUGACGGCGCCUGCUACAAGUGUCAACUCUGAAAGAGUGUUUUCUAUCGCCGGUGUUUAUCUAAAUAAUCCUCGUCGUCAACGGAUUUCUGAAGACACGGCUAUUAAACUUCUCAAUAUUUCAUGUAACCAGGAUCAUGUGAGGCGAAACACAUGGCCAUCAAGUAAAGAAGCACGUUACGGUUGGAGAACUGCUUAUUCCCGCUAUGCAGAUCUAUCACAAAAUGAGUGUGCCGAGGACGAAGGCGAAAAUGAAUGGAAUGAAACCCAACAAGAACUCGUCGAGGCCCGAGGAAAAAUCAUCGGACUCGAGAGGGAAAUAAGAACUCAAAAUACGGAAGUGAGAGAGGGAAAAGCCAAGAUUGGAGAGCUCGAAGGGAAAAUCAACGCGUUGCAGAGCAAGAACUCUCACCCCGAAACCCAAAUAAAUCGAACCAUGAAUCUCUUGGAUCUGUAUCGGGGUGGAUGGUCGUUUGAUUUGAUAAACCAAAAACAAUCGAUAUUGAUUUCAGCGAAAACUGUUGAUUCGGAUCAUUUGUUCUGGAUUGGACUGCAGCUUGGGAUCUACGAUGGGAAAUGGCGGGGGUAUGCUCCUACCUAUCAGUUGGGUCUUAUCUGCAAAAGGAGCUCUCAAUUC